CUUUUUUUUUUGAUAAUGGGUACUCAAAGUGUCCAAACCCAGACGGAUAGAUCACAUUUAAGAAAGCUUUAUAAUAAAUCCAAGGUAAAAGCAGUGGCUCAGCAAACUUCGGUAAUUAAAAAUCCCAAAGACGUCCUAAAAUUAAUUAUUCAGGGCUGUGAAUUUGAAAUAUUUGGAAUUGUGCAAGACGUUUCGUUUCGACAUUAUACCUUGCGACGGGCUCAAAAACUUGGGGUUCGUGGCUGGUGCAUGUAUACUGAUAGAAACACAGUUAUUGGAUUAAUUCAGGGAUACCAAAAAAGCUUCGAGGCUAUGCGUAUUUGGUUAAAAUAUACUGGCAGUCCCACUAGCCGCAUCGAUAAAUGUGUUUUUGGCCCAAUCGAGGAGUUGCAAAAUUUUACCUACGCUGACUUUACCAUAUAUAAAAAAAAGCCCUGAUGCCAAUGUCCUAUAAAUAAAGCCGGUUUAUCACACAUCUGUGCAGUGUGACCGUUUCAUAUUACAAACCGUCUGAUGGUGACACUGUUUCGCUAAACUGCAACACUGCGUGGUACACAAUCAAGUAAAACAAACGGCAUUGCAGUGGAAAUCAUAUCACUCACUGUGGCCCGUGACAAACAAUAAAAACAACUGAUUUAAAUAAAUUUAUUUACCUAAACGAAGAAAAAUAAAACGGCAUUUAAUUAA